AUGUCACAGUCAUUGCUGACUGCUGCUGAAACACACAGUGGGUCCUGUGUCUGUGCGUCCACCGACCUGACUGAGCUGAGGAAACAAGGUGGAGGCGACAGAGGUAAACGCUGUGACACCAGCAACAGUCGCAUCUGCAUUCAGCACCUUCUCAUCAUGCCCGUCCACAGGAGGCAGCCCAGUAUUGAACUACUGGAAUUGAUGGGAGUGGUAAGAGAGAAUGGCAAUGAUCAGACAGCCAUCCCUCCUGUGCACACUCCUCUAUCAUAUGACUACGUCCUGGUUGCCAAAACAAUUGAGAACCAGGAGAGAGAAGCUUUCAAGAAGCAGACCGAAUACAUCGAAACACUGAAAAAAAAGAACUUGAAAGUUACAAAAAUUAUAGAUGAUGAUCUCGUCUUCUAUGGGAUUCAAGCGCCGAAAGAAAUUUUUGAGAAGUACAGGUAUCUGCUCAAAGUGUCUGAUGCUUGUAACUGGAGCUCGGAUCAGAACAUUGUACCACUCAGCACCAGGAUAAGGAUUGUCCACUUCAUCUUGAAUCACACCCCUAUACGUUCAGGAGAGGGUUUGCGGGAUCUUAUGAAGUUGAAGAUUUUUGAGGCAAAGUUCUGCUUGCAUGAGAAAAAGAAACAGAGAGAGCUGAAGGAGAGCUGGGCACGAUGGACAGCCUGUCUCCAAGGGCAACCCAUCACUGCCGUCAGGAACUACUUUGGGGAGAAGGUAGCCUUGUACUACCUCUGGUUGGGCUGGUACACAUAUCUGCUCAUCCCGCCUGCUAUCAUCGGGGUCAUUGUCUUCCUUUAUGGCCUUGCCUUCUUCAACAGUUCACCCCUCAUAAAGGAGGUUUGUGAGGCUGACACGGUCAUGUGUCCUCUUUGUGACAAGGGAUGCAAAGUGUGGCAGCUCUCCGACACCUGCACAUACGCCAAGGUGAGCCUGCUGUUUGAUAAUAAUGGCACAGUGCUCUUUGCAAUGUUCAUGGCAGUGUGGGCAACACUGUUUUUGGAGUUCUGGAAGAGACAUCGGGCUUCCUAUGUGUGCGAAUGGAAAGUGUCAGAUUGGUGUGAGGAGGAGGAGGAACUGAUACUGGAAAUUGUGAACGACGUUAACUGUGAACCAAAAGAAUACAAGCACUCCUAUCUGCGCAGCACUCUGGUUUUGAUCUGUGUCACAGCUAUGAUAUUGGUGAUCAUUGGCCUGACACACGCCUUGGUGGUGUUCAGGGUAAUCGCAGCAGUGCUCUUGGCUGAGGGAUCAUGGGAGUUCCUGAGCAACCACUCCAACAGCGGGGCGAUGAUGCUGGGGGCCGUCCUCCAUUACCUCAUCAUCACAGUCAUGACACGGAUCAACAGGAUUGUUGCUAUGAAGCUCUGUGAAUUAGAGAAAACAAGAUCAUUUGCGGCCACAGAGAAGAGCUUCACUGUCAAGAUGUUCACCUUCCAGUUCUUCACCUAUUUCUCCUCCCUCUUCUACGUGGCCUUUUUUCUUGGCAGGAUAAAUGGUCAUCCUGGUGGUUACGUCCGAAUUUCUGGGAAAUGGAGGCUUGAGGAGUGUCAUCCAAGUGGAUGCCUCACAGAUCUGUUCAUCCAAAUGGCCAUAAUAAUGGUACUCAAGCAAACCAUCAGCAAUGUCUUUGAGUUCGCUGGGCCCUGGUUCUGCAGGUGGUGGAAGAGACGGAGAACCCAGAAGCUGCAGAGGAAAUGUGCCCACUGCUACCUGAAAGAUGAGUCAGAGGCUAAACAAGGAGCUGAACUGUGUGAUAACUGCAAGCUUCGAGACUGGGUCGGCAAUUACCGUCUGCAUGAUGUUGACUCCUUCAGCUUGUUCCAUGAGUUCCUGGAGAUGGUGAUCCAGUUCAGCUUUACCACCAUAUUUGUGGCAGCGUUUCCUCUCGCUCCUCUGCUAGCCCUCAUUAAUAAUAUCAUCGAGAUACGCCUGGAUGCCAUUAAAAUGGUCACGCUGGAGCGCAGACUGGUUCCCAAGAAGACCAAUGAUAUUGGUGUGUGGAUAGACGUGUUGGAAGCCAUCGGUGUCUUAGCUGUCAUUGCAAACGGGCUGGUCAUCGGCGUAUCUUCGGACUUCAUCCCUCGAUUGGUGUACCACUACCGCUAUGGCCCAUGUGCCAAUGGCACCGUGACAGAUAUUGACUGCAUGGCUGGAUACAUCAACAACACUCUCUCAAUUGCACGAAUGGAUGACCAGAACAUAGGCAACGAGUUUUCAGCCAGUCAAAUGAUCACUUCUACUGGCUUGAAUGUCUCUUCCUGCAGGUAUAAAGACUACAGGAGCAAUGAGGACUACAGUUUAACCCCACAAUACUGGCUAAUUUUAGCUGUGCGGUUUGCCUUUGUCAUUCUGUUUGAGCACGUUGUCGUCAUAUGCAAGUUUGUUGCAGCCUGGUUUGUGCCGAGCGCUCCCAUGCAGGUCAAGAAUGAUAGACUCUUUGAUAAACUCAACAGAUUAAAAGAGGAACUCAGUUCAUAUGAAGCGUGACCCCAUUCAAGCACUGAAGUUUACAAAUGUUCCCCUGUGCCCAGUGUUGCCUUGUGCAUUAAAGUGUCCAGACUAUCACAGUGUUGAGUCAGCUUCAAAGCCAUUCAUCAUCUUUCUGAAGAGUUCAGACGGAGGGCUUUCACUCUCCUCUAUUGUUUGCACUCAAAUGUUAAUUGCUGGCUAACUGGAUUCUCAUUUAUGAAACAGACUUUGAAGUCAGAAUGAUUUUUCUUGGACAAAACAAGUGUACAGUAACUGAUUUUACUGACCACAAGAUUGUUCUUAUUCUAUUGUAAGAAUGCACUGAAAGCUUACUGUUGGAUCUCUAUAUUUGUGAGACGCAUGUGAGUGUUUUUAUUGAAAGCCUAAAGAUAAUUUAUACUGCUACCGCACAUACAGUACUGAUUGUGUGUUACGAUGUUGCCUUAUAGUGUAAAAAAGCGCUGUGAUGAUUGUCAUUACUGCAGACAGAGUCUAAUGGUGUCUUUUGUA